AUGAGAGUCACCCAGUGGCCCUCGCUGGCAACAGCGGCGACCAUCGUACUGGCGCAGGUUAUCAAUGCGCAGAGUCAGAAUCAAACUCGUUUGCUGGAUCUCAAUCAGGCAGACUGGCCAACGAUACCGUCGACAUGCUUCUCGGUGUUGACACAGACUGUAAACUGCGCGCCAGUGCUCAUAUGGACUCGCGAUCUUGGAGGGGGUAUGACCCGUUUCUACACUGACGAGUCCUUGUCCAACCUGUGUACAACUGCCUGCACCUCCGGCCUCACGGCAUGGCAUCGUCGUGUGGUCGGCGCGUGCGCCAACGUCCGCGUCUCAAUGAGCAAUAGCUCCGAUACACUGACCUGGGUUGCUCAAUGGGCGCAAGAGUAUCUCGAGGCUUAUAGUUCAACCUGUCUUAAAGACAACUCUGGGCAAUUGUGCAACUCAGUCCUGCGCAGUGUCAUGGAAGUCAACCCGACCAAUCAGGCACAAACAGCCACUCCAAGCUCAACUGCAGUUUGCAAUAGCUGCUUUCUAUCUGUGCUAUCCACGCAGCUGGCCAUGCCUCUGGGAGCAGAGGAGACGCGUCUGAGUCUGGCAUACCAAGCGGCCACGUCCAAGUGCGGUUCGACGGCAUGGACAAUGCCAAGUCCAGCCAAAACUACUUGGGAUGUUUCUGGCACAGCGGGACCUGGUCCUGAGCCGACUUGUGCCGGUAAAACAGUGACAUUGUCAGGUCAGACAUGCCAGGAGGUGUCUACCAGCAAUGGAAUUUCGACGAGGAGCUUACUGAUGGCAAACGGGUUGUCUGGGGACUGCUAUGGCUUCCCUCAGAGCGGUACUCUUUGUAUUCCGAACAAAUCCGUCUGCAAGACAUAUACUGUCAAGCAAGGCGACACAUGCCGCACUAUUGGGAGCGCCAAUGGCGUCACGAAGCCACAGCUAAUAUCCUGGAACCCAGAGCUCGGAAUGGAUUGCUCCAGUUUUGACAGUGUCGUGGGGGAGGUCAUCUGCAUCUCGAACCCUGGUGGCGAUUGGGUGAAUCCGGAUCCUCCACCGCCUCCAGUCACAACGACUUUCGAGUCAAUCCCGUCAAUGCCGGGUAUGAUGGAGAUGACAUCUCUGCCAGAGCCCACACGUAUUGGCUGGAAUAACUCUAUUGAGGUUGCCCCUUAUGCAGAUGACACACGGCUUGACUGCUCUCUGUACGCACAGCCGCCCAUUCUGCAGGAUUGGGCGAGCGACACAUACACCUCUGACUGCAAGGAGGUGGCGGCCGGCUACAAUAUUGCCCUUGAUGACUUUCUGAGCUGGAACCCGUCAUUGAAGACCGACUGCACCUUGAAGAGCGAUAGGCAAUACUGUGUUUCAAUUAGCAAUGACACAGUGCCUGACACCAACGAGUUUUGCGCCGAGUUCGCAUUUGCCUACCCGGGUCGGGGUUGCGAUGCCUUCAUUGCUACUCAUGGCCUCGAGAUGGCCCAGUUCACCACCUGGAACCCUGUUGUUGGUCAGACUUGCGAGGGGUUCAAGACUGGCCUUUCGUAUUGUGUUAAUGUGUACAAAUUCAGACAGCCAGGUAUUGUGUCAACUUGCAACAAAUUUGCUGUGGCAAAUAACUCGAGAUGGGCCGACAGUCCUUGCAAGAUCAUCGAGAGCAAAUUCGGCAUUGAGCAUCCUCGCUUCGUGGCCUGGAAUCCGGCCGUGAAGCAGAAUUGUACCGGGUUGUAUCGCAACUAUGAGUACUGUGUGUCCAUACCAGGGUUCCGACCAACAUUCCCAACUACUGCAGCGGCGCCACAACAGACUUGA